AUGCGGAAUGCACUUUAUGCGCCUUUUAAUGAUACCCAAAAUUCAUCCGAUACUUCCCGCCCUGACACACGGUUAAUACGGCAACAUCCAAACAAUUCUCGUCGUUUGCACGAUUCCCCGUCGGAGCCAUUUUUUUCUGGUUCCUUUCGGGAGAAGUCAGGGUUAUCAGGACGCGGUUUCUUUUCGCUAUGCGCCAUUCUACGUCUGAGUUGCCUCUACACAAUUUCGGAUCUAAUACACCGACCACGAAAUUGUUGUAUUGGUGUUCUGGCCGUUGUACUUCUUGUGCUCUUUUCUGGAGCUGUUUUGUUAGGCAUUUGGAAAGUUCCAUAUGUUCUUCUGCGUCUCGGAGAAUUAAGUGCGGGGGAGAUGGAUAUGGUCAUUAUGGGCGGAAGCGUUGACCUCCCGUUUAUUAACUACACCGACAUGGGCCCAAGACUUGAGCGUUCUCCCUAUGUAAAAGGUGCUACACCACGCUGGAUCUUUCGCGGCGAGGCCAGCAAGCAUAAAAAUGUAUUUACCAAUGACAAUGACAGCGUUUCUCCCUUGACGGAAGUGGCACGAGUAAAUGUUCUUCUCAUUGACAGUGAGCGAGAGCGUAAAAUCGGCAUCGGGAGGGACUGGGGACAUCGUAACACGGGAUUUUCGGAGGCGCAUGUAUUUUAUUCCCUUUUGGAUUAUCUGAAUGUUCGCCCAAACCUUGGGGAUCGUAUAAACAUUCAGUUCUCACCCAAACCUCUCCUCCAAGAUGACAUGCGUAGUGAAAAUGAAACGUUGUUUCGUAUAGAAAAACCCACCCCUCGUAGCGACGUGAACUCCAUUUUGCUUUACAAUUUUUUUCAAACGAACGGUAUUACCGAAAAGUCCAUCAGCGUUUGGGACGUUUUAAACUUUGAUAUUUCUGUGAGUGUUGUGGAUGGCAUUUAUAGUGCACGUGGGAAAUACCCCUCCGCUUUAGGGAACAUUGUGAUUGUGGACUACAAGCAACUUAUACCUGCCUUUGCCGAACAAAGUUGCUCUUUUGGUCCUCAAUCAUUUACACCCAAAAGGGGAAUUUUUUUACCCUCGACCAUGGAUAUGUUUGGUAUCCCCACCAUGCUCUCCCAGUUUAAUAUUUUGGAAAAGGUGCCUACCCUUGCGGUCACCAUGACAGAUCGAAGUAAUAUUUAUUAUUUGCCAACGGAAGAUCGAACAAAGGAAAUGGUGGAGCGAAGCAAUGUCAUUAUGCGUCAGGGAGUGGGUCUGGACUUCAACGGUACCGUAUAUUUCCCCUUGUCUGAGGCCAUGGACUCAUUUGAUAUGUUGAAGAUUAUACUUGUUUCUUCUCUCACAUGUUUUGUGAUUGGAAUUGUCGCACUUUGUGCUCUCUUGUUUUAUGCACUCUUAAACACAAAUGCGGAGGAACGUCGAUUUGAAUUUGCCAUGAUACGAGCCCAAGGCUUGAACAAGACUCAUCUUGUGAUACUUCUAUUGACACAAUCAUUGGCCUUUAUUAUUCCCGGUUUAGCCACUGGAGGAGCUUUUCUUGUGGGGCUCAAUGCCCUCAUUGAGUCUCUACUCUCCCGAUUCACGGCGGCAACACCUCGCAUUUUAUUCGUCCCGCUGAUACCAUUGUUUUUGUCUCUUGGAUUGGGCCUCGUCCUGCCACUUUUAACAGGUUGGGGUCUUCUCUCACGUGUCCUUGGAGGUAGUUUGCGUGAUGCCUUGGAUGUAUACCGUCAGGUGUCAAACGAAACGAAGGUUGUGAUGGUUAAGCUGGAGGAAAUGGGCAUUUCAACGUGGCAAUUGAUCCUUGGAGCAUUUCUUGUCGUGGCAGGGUUUAUUGUUUACUACUUGAUUCCAUUCAGCUUUAUCUUUGAAAACAUGAUGCUUUUGUUCCUACUAUUAAACCUUGUACUUGUCGUUAUGGUGGUGGGUAUAUGUUUUAUUGUGACUGUUGCAGAGCCGUACAUUCAGCUGGUGUUUCUUUGGUUAAUGGUGUGGGGAAAUGAAAAGCGACUAUUAACAAUUGUUAAGAAGAAUUUAUAUGAUCACCAAAGUCGUAAUGCAAAGGCCUUUAUGAUGGUGUUGAUUAGUGUUGGGACCAUUAUUUCCUCCGGUGUGAUGUUUGUGAUGUUGUCGAAUGCCUCUGAGGAUAUGACGCGUCUUACGAACGGUGCCGAUAUCAACAUUGCCUCUUCCGCAUUUGAUGUGCCUUUGGACGAGAGGGAAUUAAAUGCUUUUCUGGAGAAACGACGUGGUUUGUAUGUGGAACAGUGGGCAUAUCACAGCUUUCCACUUGACAAUUACCCUCAAAUGGUUCAUUCGUCGCGAAUAGGUACGAUUAUUGGAACACGUAACCCCAUGUGCAUUGUGGCGGUGUCUGAACAUUUCUUUAAUACUGUUUUUCCAGAAUACAUUAUGGAAGAAGCUAAAGACUCCCGCUACAGUUACAAACUUACAGUGGACGGUAAGUAUGAUUUGGUGAGAAGUAUGUACGAACGUAAACCUUUGCCUUCCGGUACAGUUGGUCAAAUCAUUGGAACAGGACUUCCAUUUGGUGUAGAAUUGCCAAAUAUAUUAAACAAGAAAACCUACAUUAUACCUGCCUUGGUGUCGUCUGCAGUUCGUGAUAGUAUGGGUACUGAAGUUGGAGGCAGCAUGAUAUUAGAAUACAAUUACCGCGUCUCAGAUACGAUUGUAACGACACGAUUUGGUAUUGAACCACGAGGCCUUAUGAGGCGUGUGUCAGGAUUUCCCGACAUCUCGCCUUUCCCUAACAAACUGAUCGACAGUGAGGUGCUGCUGCCACGGAGUUACUUCAAGACACUGGUGAAGCCCUGGGCCAUGGAUUUUGGGGAUAACGAGAAUUUUACAUUAGCACCAGGCACCGUGACGGAGGUUAGGCAAAAGAAACUAUUUGUACGGCUGCGAAAAAACAUUAGCACAAAACAACGUAUUACUUUUUUGAAUGAAAUUCAGGCACAUUUGGAUUUGACGUUUCACUCAGCAAGUGAUACACAUGAGAUGUUGAAGGAUUUGAGGGUUAUCCGUGAAUUUAUUAUGUACUUUUUUUAUUUUACCUCCGUUAUAUGCAUCUCCCUCUGUACAUUAAUGCUUUGGAUAACGUUUGUGGCCAAUGUGCGUUUGAAUUCUCGAACGUUUAUGGUAUUAAGAGCAGUGGGAUGCCGUAAAGGGCAAAUUGCGCGUAUUAUUCUUUAUGAGGCCCUCAGUAUUGUUCUUUCCGCCUUUUUACUUGGUGUGGUUGUGGGGGCGAUUGUGGGAGUAACGUUGGCACUUCAGCUUGUGGAGGUAAUGGUUUUGCCAUUUCGAUUUACUUUGCCUUACGAGUUAGUUUGUGUGCUCUUUGGUCUUAGCAUGAUUGCUGCGGUGGUUGGCUCCAUGCUUCCUUUCAGGACAAUUGCCAAUAAAUGCAUUAGUUCGGGGUUGAGGAGCCUGUAA